UCCGGCGCUUUUUUUACCAACGCCAACAGCUAUUCCACCACCACCACCACCAGUAACGUGGGCGUCAUGAAUUUUUCCACCGGCGCCACGGUGGGAACCAACGUCCAGGCGCAGACGCCCCAGAGGGUCAGCGGCGUCCAGAGCUCGGACUCUCUGCAGAGCCAAGUUUCUGGGGUGGCUUUGCAACCGGGGCAGCAGAAAGAGGGGGAUCAGAGUCAGCAGUCGCAGCAGCAGCAGCAGAUCCUGAUCCAACCGCAGCUGGUCCAAGGAGGGCAGACGAUCCAAGCCCUCCAGACCACCCCGCUCUCCUCCCAGACCUUUGCCACUCAAGCCAUCUCCCAAGACGCCUUGCAGAACCUACAGCUCCAAGCCGUCCCCAACUCGGGACCCAUCAUCAUCCGAACGCCGACGGUGGGUCCCAACGGCCAGGUGAGCUGGCAGACCAUCCAGCUCCAAAACCUUCAGGUUCAAAACCCCCAGGCCCAGACAAUCACCUUGGCCCCCAUGCAGGGAGUCUCGCUGGGACAGACGGGCAGCACCAGCAGCACCACCACGCUCACCCCCAUCGCCUCCCUCCCCAGCGGCACUGUCACGGUCAACGCUGCCCAGCUCUCCUCCGUGCCAGGCCUCCAGACUAUUAACCUCAGUGCCUUGGGAGCUUCGGGGAUCCAGGUACAUCAGCUGCAAGGUUUGCCGCUGGCUAUCGCAAACACUGCCG